AUGAAUAAACAAAAACGAUUAACAACAUUAGGAAUAAUUCAAUUAAGUCUUAUCACAUCAGAUAAUCAUUUAACAUUAAAAGUUUUAAAAGUUAAAAAUAUUUAUUCAUAUUUAUCAAAUAUUUUUAUUAAAUUAACACUUAUACCUGAUCAAAAACCAUUACAAUGUCAUACACGUACUAUACCAAAUAUAAAUCAUUCAGGAAUAUUUAAUGAAAAAUUUACAUUUGAAAUUAAUAAUGAUGAUAUACAUAAACGUUUAUGUUUUUUUGUUUAUAAUUCUGAACAAGAAGAAAAAAAUCAAAAAAUAAUAUUUCAUGGUUGUUUAUCAUUUGGAAUAAGAAAUACAUUAAAAAAACAAAAAAUUCAUGGUUGGUUUUAUUUAUUACCUGAAGAUAUUGGUAAAUUAUGUCAUAAACAAAUAUCUAAUCAUAAUAAUGAAAAACAAAUAACAAAAAUAAAUCGUAAUAUUGUAAAUUUAGAAGAACAUCAAUUUAUAAUUUCACGUAGUAAAAAUAAUUCAUUUGGUUUUACUAUUAUUGGUGAUAGUCCAACAUUUAUUGAAAAAAUUAUUGAAAAUAGUUCAGCUGCUCAAUGUGGACUUAAAUCAGGUGAUUAUAUUGUUAAAAUUAAUGGUCAAAAUGUUUCACGUGCUCAACAAAGAACUAUAUCAAAUUUAAUUAGACAUGUAAAACAUUCAAUUAUAUUAGAUAUUCAUCGUUAUCCAAAUGUAUCAUUAAAUCAUGAAUUUUUUUCAUUGUUAUCAUCAACUGAAGAUUCAUCAACAUAUAGUGAUUCAUCUAUACCAUAUUAUAAAAGAACUUGUUUUCUAUCAUCAAAUCGACAAUUUGUUGAUUUAGCACAAUUAGGACAUUAUAUUGAACCAAAAUCAUUUAUUCAACAGACAACAAUAAAUACAGAAAAACCAUUUUUUCCAAUGAGUAAUUCAUCAAUGCUUGCUGUAAAAGGUUCACCAACGAAUACAUUUGUUUAA